CCACAGAAAACAGUGGCGUAGAUUCUCAUUUUUAAAUUGUCUCUGCCAUGUUUUGGAUCUUUUUCAGCUCAUUUUCUUGGAAACAACGCUUCUAGAUUAAUACUUCCUAUCAAAGGCAACAGGGAUAGAGCAUUGAUUGUAUCUAGAAAGACACUCGUUUUGAUAGUUUAUUAGCAACAGAUCAUCCAGCGAUAAAGCAUUCAAUAAAUAUAUUAUUCAAAAGUAUGUUGUUCAACAAAAUGUCGUUCAAAAAUAUAUCAUUGAACUUAUUCAACAGUCGGUCGUUUAACGACACUUCAAAUACUGAAGAGCAUUCAGGAGAUGGCAGUAUGUUAGUUUCCGAACAAAUAGAACGACAAUUGCAGAAGGUAUGUACAAGAACGACAAUUCGGGAAGUGAGAGGUGGCUAAUGUAAGCUUUUUGGUAGAAAAAAUCAGCAUUUAGAUGGGUUUUUGGAGUUGUUCUGCCAACACCAGUCUUUGGUGCACUCUUUGUCCUACUUUGGGUCCUGUAUGGGUGGGAGAUAACACAUUUUGCCUUUCCACGUGGUUUUGAAGGAUACCAGCCCCGUGGAUCACCUCCUUUCAAACAAACUGGAAAUCACCGUUCUUGUAAAGAUACCAAACCAGAUAUUUUGGCUCGAGGCCUAAUGCCUGUAGAAAUGGAUAACAUGACAAGAGACUGGAAGAUUUAUGCUGAAGAACAUCUUCCAGACAUAUAUGAUCAAUCACCUGCUCUCCAUUCCGCUCUAGUUCGAUUAUUAGAAUAUGAUGUUAUCGCAAAGGACUCUGCUUCCAUAUUUUUUGAUACUUCAUUCUAGGCAUGCUCGAAUUUAAGUAUCACAACAAAUACAAAAGCUACGGAAGUGAAAAAAAAGAUCAUCGCACUUGAGGAAAUUAUCCAAUGCAACCGACAGCCACAAUCCUGCGGGCAGUCAUCCAGGGAUUCGGAGAAAGCUGCUACGCAGCUCAUAUCCAACAUAAUUUCACUACACAUGGGUGUGGUUGGUGAUACAGCAGACUUGGAGAGGCUGAUUCUUCGGCAAGCACGAAAGACAUUGACAGCAUGUGAGAUUCUAAGAUCACAAAUUCAGGAUGUUGUACCUCACAUUGAGCAAACAAUUCAAAACCUGGAAACGGAGAGGAACAAAGUCAGAAGAGAAAUCGACAUGAAUGAUAAGUUGGCUGCAACCUGGACUGCAUGGAUGCCUUGGAAAAAAAGCAGCCUUUCAGAAUAUCAAGUCGAAAAUAAAGAAAGAGAAAGAGAGGAGCAAUUAUCCAUCUACCGGGCACGAAAUGACACAUUAAGUGUUAUCCGAAAAUCCUGUAUUGAGUUGAGAAUCAUUCUGGGUGGAUUUGUGCUGCAGAUCAACGUGCAGUAUGACAACUGGUAUUCGCUGUCAUAUAGCCAACAAGCAGACUGUUUUUUCCCAGUACUUCCCCCCUUGGAAAGAGUUUUGCGCGGGGACGAAAUAUUAUCUGAUUGGGCAAGACAGGUGGUGAACUGGGCGGAUAAUCUAGGAGAUUUUGCGGAUGCAACAAAGAUGGCCGCAGAUAGAAAGAUGGGAAGAACUGGCUGAGAGACACCACCUCAAAAUUGUUUCUGUAUUUUACUCUUUGUGGGCAUUGACUUUUUCAGCAACAAUCUAUGAAGCAGGGAGGUUAUGCAUAUAUUAAUGUUGGAGGAUUUUCAUUCAUUUAAGAUGACGGAUAGACGGGUUCAUUUCUCAAUAAUAUCUACUAGAAAUGUCGAUAGAACACAAAUUUUUCUUAAUAUAAACUUCAAACCUUUUUCACUCUCACAAGAUCCUCCUGACUCCUCACUUGAUACCUCCCAUGAAU